GAGUGCGUGCGGCGGCGCUCGGCUGAUUUACGGCUCUGCCGCAAACGGCUCCCGGCGGCGGCCCCGGCUCCGGCGGCGAGCCGGCUGAGCGCGGCCGCGGCGGCCACCUCGCGGCCGGGACGGGGCCGGGCCCCGCAGCCGCUCCGCAGGGCCGGGCCGGCGGCGCCGGGGCCCCGCGGCCGCGUCCCCCGGGGCCGACGGGAGGCGGCGCGGCCCCGAGCCGCGAGCCGGAAAGUUUGGCAAGUUCGCUCCGCGCCCGGGGCCGCUUCCUGUCGCCGGGGGCCGGCCAGGGAUGCAACAAGACGCCGCGGAGCAGAGCGGCUUCCCCUGGCAGGACGCGCUCGGCGAUGCCAGCCUCCGCCUCCCGUUCCGCUGCCCGCGCUGCGGCGAGCGCAGCCGAUUCCGGAGCCUGUCGGCGCUGAGGGCGCACCUGGAGUACGGCCACGGCUACGAGGAGCGGAGCGUCCCGCCCAAAGGCGGCCCGCCGUCCCCGCGGAAGGGUGCGGGCCCGGCCUCGCCUCCGGAGCCCUGCGGCCCGGGCAGCGCCACGCGGUACGCGCCCUGCGCCGGCUUCUGCGACGCCUCGAGCGGCAGCGCCGAGGGCCGGCGGGCGCUGGAGGCCGAGCGGGGGCCCGUCUGCUGCCUCGCCGGCUAUGCGCCCGCCGGCUCGCCCGGCUCGCGGCUCUCCUCACCCGUCCUGCCCGCCGCCGACUCCAAGGCCUCGUUCGAGGCGCACGUCAGGGAGAAGUUCAACAGGAUGGUGGAGGCCGUGGACAAGACGAUUGAGAAGCGGAUCGACAAGCUUACCAAAGAGCUGGCUCAGAAAACGGCGGAGCUGCUGGAGGUGCGGGCGGCCUUCGUGCAGCUCUCCCAGAAGAAGCAGGAGGUGCAGCGGCGGGAGCGCGCCCUGAGCCGGCAGGUGGACGUGGCGGUGGAGAUGAUCGCGGCCUUGAAGCAGCGGCUCACCGAGUCCGAGGAGGAGCUGCACCGUAAGGAGGAAGAAGUUGUUACUUUCAACCACUUCCUCGAAGAAGCAGCAGAAAAAGAAGUGAGGGGAAAAGCCAGACUCCAGCACUUCAUCGAGAACCUGCUGCAGCGUGUGGAUCUGGCAGAAAGGCAGCUAGAGUAUUACCAAAAUCAGCAGAUUGCGUGCAACCACACGGGUGGCAGUGACCACGUGGUAAGCCAGCAGAGUUCCUUCAUUAAUUGUCACCCACCACUCAGGGGAAAGUGCUCGGCUUCGAAUUUUACAGACAUUUCAUCAAACAAGAAACCCAGAUGCCUGAGCCGAGGAAGUCAACACACUUCAUAUAACAUCCCUGACACAAAGCCUCAUUCCUUUCAAAAAGGAAGAGGCUUGCUGAAAAAAGCAAAGGAAGAGAAAACCAGUUUGCAGCCAGUCAGAUGCUUCUACGAACCUGUUGAUUGCCCAAGAGAAAUAUGGAGAGCACAGAAGAAGGGUGAACCAGUCUGCUCUGCCCGGAAAUUGAGCGCAAAGUCCAAGAUGGGUAAAAAGACCAAACAGCUGUAGGAGCAGCUAAAGAUACACAGUAACACAGGAGCUUGGCUUCAGCAGAACAAACAUUGAAUGAAGUUAAUCAUCCCACUUUUUCCUAUCCAUCUGGCCACACCAAACAUAUCAAAUAUAAUAUAAGGGAAUAUAUACGAUAUGGCAUAUUUCUAUUAUUUAGUAACGCCAUUCCCUCUUUGGGCACUAAAAGGGAAGGGACAUUUUAUUCAGUUUACACGGAGGGUUUUCUAUCUAUUUAUUUAUAGAGCUUAUUUUAAAUGACUGCAGUUAUCUUGCGGGGCAAUACUGUGGCUGUAUGUUUAAUUAUUUUAGUGGCAGCAUGUGGCUUGGUAACUUAUUUUACAUCUAUGCUGUUGCUGAAGUUCAGAAGAAUCCAUUUAAUCGGCACCCAAAUAAUCACUCUUCCAGCUUAGGUGGGUAGAAGAUCAGUGAUUAACUGCUACCUGUGCAGGCAUACUUAGAUGCAAAAAGCUUACCUGAGUUGCUUGGAGGCUGUUAAUAGCAGCAGAUUGCUACCCUGCCUGUUGGGCGCUUCUCCAGACCUGGCAGUGCAGCCCUCACCCGCACAGUGCACGCUGAGCCCGGGCAGCAGCUGGCAGCAAGCAGCAGCAGCUGGAAGGCAGCGAGUGGCAGAGCGGAGCAGCACACUGCAUUGCAUGGCACCCUGCGUGAGGCUGUGCCCGGUGUGGGGCACGAGAGGGCUGUGGAGCAGCUGUGAUCCUAACUGAAACCCUUCAGAUCUUUAUGAAGAAUCCUUCCAAAGAUAAUGGAUUCUGGAAUUUCAACUGCAAACCCAAGAGUAAGGAAGACUGCAGGAUGGGAUUGCCUGUGUUUACAGUGGUUUGUGCCAAUUAAAAGGAUCCUUAUUCAUCAGAGUAUAUAUCAAGAUGAUUUUUCCAUGUGUACAGCUUUUUGGUAACAUGAAUCUUCAUACCAUGUUUACAAAUAGAAACAUCCUGUCCAUGUUAUCGAUGGGAUUUGUUUUCUCAAGAAAAAGAAUAGGUGGGACAAGUCUGCGUAAUUUAUUUUUAAAUGCUCAUAUAACAGAUGUAAAUUGUUUUUGUGGAAGGUGAUUUUUACAGUACGUGUCUAGAGAUUUGUGAAAAAUGUUUUUCAUUUUUAUAACUGACUGUAAGCAGAAAUGAGUUUUAAAAGACAGCGUGUCGCUAUGAUUACUGCUGCAAUAAGCACUGAGCUGCAAUAUUUUUAGAGCAGAUGACCCAUCUGUUAGCUCAGAUCAGGUAACUACAGAUGUCAUACAUCUGUCAGUGCACGGAGCUCCCAGAAAGUAGCAGAGCGAAGAAAGAGUAUUAUUCCUCAUUUUUAUUUUAAAUGGUGUUUGUGGAACAAUCAGACAUAUGUUUAAAGACUCUCAACACUGUUUUGAUAGAAAGUCACAGUGUGAAACAAAUUCAGGUAUUUAGUUUGCAAUGACGUUUUAAUAUUUAACUCUGUCACAAGGCCACACUUGGCCUUACACUAACCAUUGUGGUGGAGAGGAUUUGUCAGUUGUGUUGCAUGGGUUUUGGUCAGGUCGUGUGUAAUGAGAACAUUCUUAGGCAAACCACGUCAUAGAAACUACCUUUGAUUUUUUCUGCUCCCACCUCCUACAGACAUGAAAACAGCCCUUUUUUGAGGAUAAUGGAAGUGAUCUUUAGGAGGUAAAUACGUUGUUCCAUUCCUUAACUCACUUGGCACUGAAAGUAUUAUUUUUACAUGCCUACCUACUCUGUUUGUCACCAAAGUUAAGUGCAACUACUAGUUCACUGAUUAGAUAUUUAUUUUAUUAUUUAUUGCGCCAAAAUCUUGACUGUAAGUUGUCCUUUUUGGGGGGAAGAGAAAAAAGAGAGUAAAAGAAGUUGCAUGUUCUUAAACUUUUCAAAUCCUAAUUUAUAGUUACUUGCUGAACAGAUGCUGGGUUAGUUAAUUGAAGAGAAAUUGGAUUGCACUGUAACCCCAGAUAAAAGUUUUUAGAAUAUAAACAUUCUAAUAAUAAAGUUAUAUUUCUCAGUUA